AUGUCCAUGCUGAGCACGGAUCACACGCUGGCGAUGCAUCGAAUCGCAAGGAAGAUCAAGUCCGCCGGGAUCGAGCUCUUCCAAACGUCAGAAUCUACAACCGCGAGGUCGAAUCAAGCCUCGCACUUCCUUCCUCCGUGA